AUGGCCGAUUCCGAAGAACCAUCACAGCUGACGAGGUAUAAUACGUUCGGCACCACAUCCAGUGGUCAUCCGCCGGGUCUCGCUCGGCUUGUUUCCAGAACCCACCUCGAUGACCACGCGGCGCAACACGGCCACGGGUACCACGAUCAUAAUCAUGACCGGGCCGAUGAAGCAAGUACCGACGAUACCGAUGUAGCCGAUGAGAAGGACGAGGACGAGGCUGCGGGAGGUCUUAACCCAGAAUCAAGUACGGAUAUUGAGCCAGAAGUACGAGAUGGAAUUGAAGACCAGAGAGAUAUUGAAGCACGGCCCAAUUUACAGAAAUCCAAAUCCUCAAGGAGUCGGAGGAGUCUAAGAGAUUCGAAUCUGGUUGGUUGGGAUGGCCCUGAUGAUCCCAAAAAUCCCAAGAACUGGUCAAUUCGACGCAAAUGGGCGGCUACCCUAGUUGUCUCGUCUUUCACCUUCAUCUCCCCAGUCUCGUCCUCGAUGGUGGCCCCCGCGCUGGGAGCUAUUUCACGGGAGUUCAAUAUUACAAAUGAAGUUGAACAGUCCUUGGUAUUAUCAAUUUUCGUCUUGGCUUACGCCAUAGGACCAUUAUUCCUCGGCCCCCUGUCAGAGAUGUAUGGGAGGACUAUCGUUUUGCAAGGUGCCAAUCUGUUAUAUUUAUUCUUUAAUCUUGGAUGUGGGCUUGCGCAGACGAAGGGGCAAGAAAUUGCUUUCCGUUUUUUGGCUGGGUUAGGUGGAAGUGCUCCUUUGGCGAUUGGUGGGGGAGUCUUAAGUGACCUCUUCACGGCAGACCAGCGUGGGAAAGCAGUCAGUAUCUAUAGCUUAGCCCCAUUGCUAGGUCCAGCUGUUGGACCAAUUGCAGGUGGUUUCAUCACGGAGAAUACUACCUGGAGGUGGGUGUUUUACGCAACUACAAUAGCGGAUGGUGUUAUUCAGGUCGUGGGAUUAUUCUUCCUCCAAGAAACAUACCCACCUGUUCUUUUGGACCGCAAAAAGAAGGCGCUUAUCAAAGAAACUGGCAACGAAGCAUUACACACCGAGUACGACAAUCCAGACCGCACAGUCAUGAAAGCCCUUUCAAUCUCCUUUAGUCGUCCAUUCAAACUCCUCGGAACACAGAUCAUUGUUCAAGUUCUUGCGCUCUACAUGGCCUAUCUCUAUGGGCUUAUGUACCUGGUUCUUUCGACAUUUCCAGGGCUAUGGGAAGACGAAUACCACGAAAGUGUCGGUAUCGGCGGUCUCAACUACAUCUCCCUUGGUGUGGGAUUCUUCAUUGGAACUCAAGUCUGCGCCCCAUUGCAAGAUAGAAUAUACCGCGCGCUCAAGAAGCGGAACAAUGGUGUGGGAAAGCCGGAGUUUCGCGUCCCCCUGAUGAUUCCUGGCGCGCUACUUGUUCCGAUUGGGCUCUUCUGGUACGGAUGGAGCGCACAAGCUCAUACGCAUUGGAUUGUUCCCAACAUCGGAGCGGCUGUCUUUGCAGCUGGAGUCAUCACUGGUUUCCAGUGCAUCCAGACGUAUAUCGUGGAUUCGUACACGCGAUACGCUGCCUCUGCAGUUGGGGCCGCAACUGUGUUGCGAAGUUUGGCUGGGUUUGGCUUCCCUCUCUUUGCGCCUUAUAUGUAUAAAUCUCUUCACUAUGGUUGGGGCAAUAGCUUGCUCGCCUUUAUAGCGAUUGGGCUUGGAUGGCCGGCUCCUAUCUUGCUGUGGUUAUAUGGCGAGAAGCUUAGGAAGAAGUCAACGUUUGCGGCGGGUUAA